CCUGCCCCAGAGCACAGCUUCGCCGAGCCCACCUGGUCCCCAUCCCGGCCUUGGCAAUGACCCUGGCGGCUUCCUCCCAGCGUUCCCAAAUCAUUCGCUCCAAGUUCCGAUCUGUCCUCCAGCUUCGGAUCCACAGACGGAAUCAGGAGCAGAUCUCGGAUCCAGACCCGUGGAUCUCAGCCUCGGGCCCUCCUCUGGCCCCCGCCUUGCCCUCGGGCACGGCCCCUUUCCUCUUCAGCCCUGGGGUCUUGCUCCCCGAGCCAGAAUAUUGUCCUCCUUGGAGGUCCCCAAAGAAGGAGUCUCCCAAGAUCUCCCAACGCUGGAGGGAGUCCAAGCCCAGGGGGAACUUGACAUACCACCAGUACAUGCCCCCAGAGCCGAGACAGGGAUCCAGGGCGGACCCCCAAGCCGAGGGGUCCGCCCUGGGUCCUCCCGGGCCACCUCUGUGGGAAGGGACAGACUCGCAGCAGCCACAUCCUAGGUAUGACGCCCCUUUCUGUUCUCCCGGGCCCCAGAAAUUCAGGCCUUUAAAACUCAGGCCCAAGGCCCUGGCAGCCGCCCGGCGUCAGGGCUCGGUCAAGCCCAGCGCAGCAUCUCACAGGCCACCUCUUCCACGUGCCGUGGAUACCCCGGGGACGGCGCCGGCUCCAACCACCACUUCGGCUCCUGCUGCAGCUCCAGCCCUGAACCCUUCCUCAGCGCCGGGCUCACCGGCUCUGACUCUGGAGGAGGAGCUGCAGGAAGCGAUCCGGAGGGCGCAGUUGCUUCCGAACCGGGGCAUCGAUGACAUCCUGGAGGAUCAGGUGGAGCCUGAUGACCCCCUGCCCCCCAUUCCCCUGGACUUCCCUGGCUCCUUCGACGUGCUGUCCCCUUCCCCGGACUCUGAAGGCCUCUCGUCUGUUUUCUCCUCUUCACUCCCAUCUCCCACGAACUCCUCCUCCCCUUCUCCCAGGGACCCCACGGACUCCCUGGACUGGCUGGAGGCCCUGAGCGGGGGUCCUCCUCUGGGUUCUGGUCCCCCACCCCCCAGCAUCUUCUCUGCUGACUUAUCUGACUCCAGCAGCAGUCGGCUGUGGGACCUGCUGGAGGAUCCGUGGUGAUGGAUUCUGGGAUUUACAGAGACAGAGAACUGGUGGGGGUGGAGAGAAGCUCUUUGAGGGAGGAGAGGGAACUACCAGCAGAGCCCCUCCUACCGCAGACACAGGAUGGGAGACAACCUCCAACCCCACCUGCCUCCUGAAGUGCUGCUGACAUGCAAUGCAACUGCCUGAACUUUGCCUACCUGGCCUCCUUAUGAUCCCCCUCCGGGAUGGUACCGUUUGGGGGCUUCUUUUGCUGCUGGCCACAGCAAACAAGCUGCUUGCUGCUUCCUUCAGAGGCCUCAUGGAUGUUUUUACAUGCUCCCGACCCCAGUAGAUGGCUGCCUGUUGUUUGGGGAGCCUGGAAGGUGGUUAUGUCUUUUGAAUGCAGGAGAGGAGCAAGAAAGAGUGGAGAGGGAGAAUGGGGGAGCCAGACCCUGACCUCCCGGGGUUGUGGUUGGAGAUGAAAAAAUUAGAAGCAUCAGGUCUAAGAUCAGCUUCUCUUGGAAGCAGAGUCUGAGACAAGAUAUAAAUGCCAGUGAUUUAUUAAA